AUGUUGUCGAAUAUACUUAGAAGUUCUAGACCUGCUCUUGUGCAUGGAAGAGUGAUGUUUUCUGUUCCUUCAACCAGAAGUGCUGGUGCCACCAUGAUCCGUUUCAACUCUACUGGUGCUAAAUCCAGUGAAAAGGUAACUGAUGCAACUGCUGAAAAUACUACUGCUGAACCUGAAUCUGCUGCUGUCCCUGAAGUGGAAUUGACUGCUGAACAACAAGAAAUUGCCACCUUGAAGGAAAAGAUUCAAAAGAAAGAUAAAGAUCUCGCUGAUAUGAAGAAUCACUAUGCUCGUGCAGUUGCUGAUUUUAGAAACCUUCAAGAAUCAACCAGAAAGGAAGUUCAAAAAUCCAAGGAUUUUGCUCUUCAAAAAUUUGCAAAGGAUUUGUUGGAAUCUCUUGACAACUUUGCCUUGGCUUUACAAUCUGUUAAGGAAGAUACAUUGAAGGCUAAUGAAGAAGUGAAAAACUUAUAUGAUGGUGUUAACAUGACCAGAAAUGUCUUUGAAAAGACCUUACAUCGUCAUGGUAUUCAAAAGAUUGACCCCAUAGGAGAAGUUUUUGAUCCCAACUUACACGAGGCUGCUUUUGAAAUCCCCCACCCAGAACAGGCACCAGGUACUGUUAUGCAUGUUCAACAAUUGGGCUACACUUUGAACAGCAGAGUCUUGAGACCUGCUAAGGUUGGUUUGGUCAAGGACAACAAUUAA